GCGUCAUCGCCAGUGGCCGGUUUGAAUGAGACGCCUCGUCGCAGCGCAGCCGCCGCCGCCGCACCUCUGCCUCGGCCGCCCUCAGAGCCUGCUCGUCCGUCUCCCUUCGCCGCCCUUGCCAGGCCCGGCUCUCCUGCACCGCCGCCUUCUCCCCGCUCCGCCAUGCCACUCUACUCUGUUACUGUAAAGUGGGGAAAGGAGAAAUUUGGAGGUGUAGAAUUGAAUACUGAUGAACCGCCCAUGGUGUUCAAGGCUCAGCUUUUUGCACUGACUGGUGUCCAGCCAGCCAGACAGAGAGUUAUGGUGAAAGGAGGAACAUUGAAGGAUGAUGAUUGGGGAAACAUCAAAAUAAAAAAUGGAAUGACUAUACUGAUGAUGGGGUCAGCAGAUGCUCUUCCUGAAGAACCCUCAGCUAAAACUGUCUUUGUAGAAGAUAUGACAGAAGAACAGUUAGCAUCUGCCAUGGAAUUACCAUGUGGAUUGACAAACCUUGGUAACACUUGUUACAUGAAUGCUACAGUUCAAUGUAUUCGUUCUGUGCCUGAACUCAAAGAUGCCCUUAAAAGGUAUGCAGGUGCCUUGAGAGCUUCAGGGGAAAUGGCUUCAGCACAGUAUAUUACUGCAGCCCUUAGAGAUUUGUUUGAUUCCAUGGAUAAAACUUCAUCUAGUAUUCCACCUAUUAUUCUACUGCAGUUUUUGCACAUGGCUUUCCCACAGUUUGCGGAGAAGGGUGAACAAGGACAGUAUCUUCAACAGGAUGCUAAUGAAUGUUGGAUACAAAUGAUGCGAGUAUUGCAACAGAAAUUGGAAGCCAUAGAGGAUGAUUCUGUUAAAGAGACAGAUUCAUCUGCAGCAGCAGUGGCACCUUCUAAAAAGAAAAGUUUAAUUGAUCAGUUCUUUGGUGUUGAGUUUGAAACUACCAUGAAAUGUACAGAAUCUGAAGAAGAAGAAGUCACCAAAGGAAAGGAAAAUCAGCUUCAGCUUAGCUGUUUUAUCAAUCAAGAAGUCAAGUAUCUUUUCACAGGACUUAAGUUGCGACUUCAGGAAGAAAUCACUAAACAGUCUCCAACAUUGCAAAGAAAUGCUUUGUACAUCAAAUCUUCCAAGAUCAGCCGGCUUCCUGCUUACUUGACUAUUCAGAUGGUUCGAUUUUUUUAUAAAGAAAAGGAAUCUGUGAAUGCCAAAGUUCUUAAGGAUGUCAAAUUUCCUCUUAUGUUGGAUGUGUAUGAAUUAUGUACACCAGAACUUCAAGAGAAAAUGGUCUCUUUUCGAUCAAAAUUCAAGGAUAUAGAAGAUAAAAAAGUGAAUCAGCAGCCAAAUACAAGUGACAAGAAGAGCAGUCCCCAGAAAGAAGUUAGGUAUGAACCCUUUUCAUUUGCAGAUGAUAUUGGCUCCAAUAAUUGUGGAUACUAUGACUUACAAGCAGUGCUGACACACCAGGGAAGGUCUAGUUCUUCAGGUCAUUAUGUAUCAUGGGUGAAAAGGAAACACGAUGAAUGGAUUAAGUUUGAUGAUGAUAAAGUCAGCAUCGUCACACCAGAGGAUAUCUUGCGGCUUUCUGGUGGUGGAGACUGGCAUAUCGCCUAUGUUUUACUCUACGGGCCUCGCAGAGUUGAAAUAAUGGAAGAGGAAAAUGAACAGUAAUCUUCAUGUAGCUAUUUAUGCUUAGGUGUGAAAUGCUAUUUGUUGAUCAUUUCUAUAAUCCAGAGCUUUAGAGAAAGACAUUUAGGUGGUUCUAUCUGUUUCCCCUCAUGUGAAACGAGGGCAGAAGCAGACCUGCUCCAAAUUUCAAACUAAAAAAAUACAGAAAAAAUUUUCUUUGGGUUGUGCUGCCAUGUAUAAAGGUGGAUGGAAGACAUUUUUAAAAAGCUAAUUUCUUGCAUUAAUUUUUAAAAAUUCGAGUUCAAAUGCUUUUCAACCAUUACAUUGUGGUAAUUUUCCUCCCUGCUUUUUUCCCUAAGCCGAUGGUUUAGCAAUCCGAUGUUUAUUGCACUUACUACCUAUUAUUUGUUGUUGCAUGGUUCAAACCAUCACUCAGUAGCUGCCCAUCCUUUGCCUUAUCUAACAAAAUUUUUCCAAGAAGGUGGAAAAAGAAGUGUUGCUCUCCUUGUGUACUUCAGUGCUGCUUUUCACAUCCCAUGGGAACAUGGGUACAAUCAAGUAUUUAUCCAGCCGGACUCUUGCUGGCUUUUCAUGACUUUAAAAUAAAUUGUGAUCAGUAAGAGUACAUUUGAUUAUACAUUUAUUAUUGUGUCUCUCUCCAAUGUACUAUGGCUUGUACAUGUAACUUUGCAAUGGUUUUGUAGUAAUCAGCCUUAAAUGUUGACAAGCUCUGGUGGCUUAUUUUUAGAAAAUGAGGAUAUUUAAUAAAAAAGGGGGAUAAACAG